AUGAUCUCCUAUCAAGAGCGGUCUACCAUCCGAAAGCACUUUCAAAAUCACCAUUCACGAAUAAUGUUAUUAAUUGGCAUCACUCAAGAAUAUUCCCGGAUGUUUGUUUACUUUACACGAAAUCAUCACCACCAACAUUGGUCCAAAGUGAACAAGGCUUUAGCGUCUCCUGCUACUCUGAGCAACCGCUAUAUUGGAUUUAACACAAUGAAUCGCGAUCGCGAAAGCGUGCGUUCUUUGACGCCCCAAAGUCAACGAGGCUCGCAGCGGCGACAUAGUGGUCUUAAGAUGCAAACGUUGCCAGUUCCAGAAGAUCUGAAACCACACGAGACUGUGAGAACUACGCAAGAAGAGGACGCCUUGGAGGGUGAGCGUGAUGAGUAUCAGCGAAGACCGCCGCACUCCAGUUUUGAACGCGACGAUGAUUUCAAAUUUAAACGACACAAACGCCGCAACAACACGGGGGUUGCCAGUCUUGGUGAAAGGCUUGACAAUAUCCAGGAGCUACAAAAUGCACGCUGGAUGGAGAACUUCAACUCAUCUGCAAACAAUUUGGAUCGGCUACCGCGGAAUUCUCAACGAGAUGACUCUCAGGAUUCUCAAAAGCAGCGCCAACAACCCGAGCCAAUGCUGCCGAUACAGGCUCCCCCUUACAUGCCAUAUAUGUAUUACUAUCCAUAUGCUCCACCCAUGGUGCCUCAUAUGUCGACAUCGCCGACUAGACCUUCCGACCAAGAACUUGUACAAUACGUGAAUUCUUCCCAAGCAUAUCCAAACACGUCUACCCAACCUUUCCUUCCACCUAUGCAUGCCUCUAGCAACCGACUAAUGCCCGCGCCUCCACUUUACCCUAAUUACUCGGCCUAUAACUAUUAUAAUGAUGUGCAGAGCACAGUGGCCAAGAAAAGUCAUCAGCGCAGGGAAAGAAGAUCUACCUUAAUGGCUCAAAGAGGUCGUAGAUUAUCAAUUUUAUCGACGCAGGAUAAUAGUCAUAUCAUUUCGCCUCACAAAGAUGUACCAGAAGAUGAUUUUUAUAGACAUAUCGCAAACACGUCAUUUGGCCAAGACUUACAAAUACGACAGCUCUUCAGUUGGUGCUUCAUUAGGUGUUUGAGGAAAUGGGAAACGAAGGAUGGUCAAUUGGACAAACCUGAUGCAAGUAAUGAUGGCGAAGCCUACGUUAAUCCCAAAAGAAUUGCACUGGUUAUUAUCAAAGAGUUCGUAGACGAACUGCGAAAGGGGAAGGCAGAAGUCAGCUGGGAUGCUGAAGAAUCUCGCGAAGGUGCACAAGAAGAUCACAGUCAGUAUCAAGAAGAGGAUACAGAGUUACGCGAGCUCUUUGAGGACGAUGAUGAUGAUGACGAUGACGAUAAUGAUGAUGAUAACAAUAUCCGUGAUAGAAAAAGAGCUCGCAGAAAGGGAAUGAAAGGAAACCGAAAGCCGUCCAUCAAAGUACCUAAUGAGAAAAAUAUACAGAACGCGAAGAACAUGGAAGUUCUACAGAUGCAGAUCAAUACGCUUGAUGAAGAAAUUAAAGAUUGGAUACAUGAGUUGGACGAGCCUGAAGGUGUCACUGAGUGGCAUAGGCUGGGCAAUGAGAUCAGCUCUUUGAAGACAAAACUCACAUCAUCAACACCUAGCCCUGUAGCGGGUGAGGUCACCGAUCCAUUGGCAGAGCUGGAAGGGAAACUACAGUCACGGAUGGCCCAGUUUCACGCUAUAUCCCAUUUUCUGCAUUCCAACUCGCAGCUUUUAACUGAUAGCGUGCGGCGAAAGCUGCAGAUCAUGUCCAACACUAUUAAUGAGAAUACUUUUCUAUGCCAAGGCGCAGGACGGCCCUCGGCGCGGACAAGUACCAAAGAUCUGUUGCUGGGUCUCAGCAGGUCAUUGACCAAUCAAAGUCAUAAUCCCUAA